AUGCGGUCUAAUUUGAAGACAGUCCGCCCUCUGGGCUUAGCACUGGCGCUCAUCAUCCCCUUUGCUAUAUUCUUUUAUCUUCAUGCUGAAGGGCCCCAGACAUUGCUCAGCCCCAAAACCGAGCUAUUACACUCAGAGGCAAUUGUGAUCCAGACGAGCCCAACCGGCGCUGUACCACCACAACCCUUGCCCGACAACAACAAGCCUCUUUUCACCGAAGAGAUAUAUCGCGUCCCCGACAAAGUGUGGCAUUCAGCCAAAUUUGACAAUCUUACCGAAAACCAGCGUGGAUGGAUCGGAAGCUGGACCAAAACUAACCCCUAUUGUCGCCAAGAAUUGCUGACGGAUCGAUCGGCCCAGGCCUUUGUGCGAGCAUAUUUCCACGAGACACGUCCUGAUAUCGUCGAGCUCUACGAGGCGCUUCCUAUCGCCAUCCUGCGGGCGGAUCUUCUCCGUUAUUUAAUUAUACUCGCAGAGGGGGGUGUUUGGGGUGAUCUGGAUGUCACUUGUGAGAAAGAUGUCGCCGAGUGGGUCCCGCCUGAGUACCGGAACCGCACGAUCGACAUGAUCGUCGGAUUGGAGUUCGAUAUGCCGUGGCGAGGGCCCGGGAAACCCAUCGCAUCGCAAUUUUGCAACUGGGUGUUUGUGGGACGGAAGUCUUCGCGAAAUCUCCAGGUUGUCGUCGAUGCUGUCGUCGCCAAGUUGAAGCAAAUCGCCCAUGAAAACAAUGUCACCAUUAGGGGGCUUACUUUGGAAAUGCUUUCUGAUGUAGUGGAUGUCACUGGACCAAAAAUGAUGACCAUUGCUAUUUUGGACAGUCUCGGGCAGCUACUGAACAGGACUGUCGAUGAUCGAGAUUUUGCGGGCAUCAAACAGCCUAAGCUGGUGGGCGAUGUGCUGAUCAUGCCUGGCAAUUCUUUCGCUGCAAAUCAGAACAACCACCCAACGGACCAAGGAGAUGUUCUUGUGAAUCAUCAUUAUGAGGGCUCAUGGAAAAAGGAAGAUGCAGAGGCAAAAGAAAGAAAGAAGCAGAAGCAGAAUGCAGCGCCGACUCCAAAGUGA